UUCCGUCCUGAGACGGGCGGCCCUCUCCUUACACAUGCGCAUUAGGAAACACGUGUAGCGCUGGGAGGCGGGGCUCGCGGCCUUCUGUGCACAUGCGCAGUACAUACUCGUCGAGCUCGGCUCUAGGCUAGGGCGGCCGGUCAGGCCGGCGAUGGAUUUUGACGGGGCGCGGAGCGCGGUGCUGGCAGUGCUGAGGGGCGUGCGCGCAGGCGACCGGUCCCGCCUGCUGCACUGGAUGCGAACGACCAAUGAUUUUGAUGAAUUCAUGUUGAGUAAUAAUGAUGUUGUGCUCAGAAGUAUUGCUGAAGAUCUUCGGAAUUGCUUACCCAUUGAGGCAAUGCUUAACUCGGAACAUCUAGCAAUUCAAAAAAUACUUGAGCAGCCAGAGCCGACAGUUCAUAUUGAUGCAUUCCUUUAUGAUGAUGACAUUAUUGAUUCAUUGUGUGAGAAGGGGAAAAUGAGUAGAAACUACUGUGUAGUGUGUGGCUCACACAAGACUGCACCUUUAGAGUUUAUAUCUCAUUCCUUUUCCCUCAUGGAACUGAAGUUUCUUUAUCAGUAUGCAUUGCCUGACCUGACAGGAAAGAUUCUGGUUGACGUUGGCUCCAGGCUUGGUGCAGUGCUAUUUGGGGGCUAUCUUUACAGCUCAGCGUCCCAGCUAUAUGGAGUGGAAAUGAAUGCAGACUUUUGCCAGUUGCAAGAAAUGAUAAUCACAAAAUACCAAUUUACAGACAGAGUAAAGGUGCUUCAUUCAGACAUCUGUACUCAGGCUUCACUCCUUCAAAAUGCUGAUGUUGUUGUAAUGAAUAAUGUCUUUGAAUAUUUUCUCGACAGACUGGAACAGGCCAGAGCCUGGGAAUUUAUCAGUCAUAAUAUGAGGAAAAAAGGGUCAUUAUUAGUGACAGUCCCAAGCCUUGAAGAAUCUAUCUCAAACCUACAGACCGAUAUACUGCUCAGCCAGUGGGUAGAAGAGAUGAAGUUGGACUAUGAUGAAUACAUGGAAAAGGAUAUUGAUAGAGAAGCACUUGAACAAAUUCAUUUGUACAAGAUUCUCUAGCAUACAGACUGAUUUAUUGAUAACAGUAUAAAAUCAUUGACUUCAGAGGGAGCUGUGUGAAAGGACUGUAGGAUUAAGCCCUAUUUCCAAAAUAAAUCGUGAAAAAUCUUACUAUUUAUUUUAGAAAUUAUACAGAUUUUCACUAAUGAAACAGGAGCUUUUGAAAACAUAUUUUGAGAUGUCAAAUUUCUUGCAUUAAAGUUCUCAGUGUGUCAUAACAGUACAAUAAAUUUUACCCACUAGGUAUCUCUGUAGCUUCAUUCUGCAUGGAAGUAUUUUGAAAGACUGGCAGUCUACGAACACCAGAAGAGUCCAUCUUGUGCACUAUUAAUGGCUGUGAACCUCCCAAAGUUGUUUUUUUUUUAUAAAUACAUUAAUAGAAAAAUAGAGACCCACUAUUAAAUGUGAAUGGUAUUCAUAUAUUUAACACAGCUUUAUUUAAAAGCUUUAGUAUAUUAUGUUGGGAUUUUAGUAAUGACAAACUUACAGUACUGCUAUUAAUAUUCUGCCUAUGGAAUUCCUGAUUAUUAUUUUUAAGGUCUGCACAGUAGCUACAGAACCUAUAGGUAUUGGUGUUGAAAAGACUAUUGUUCCAGUUUAGAGUAGCAUUGUGACAGUGGUGAUCUCCUUCUAUUCAAUGGUCCCCAGGUUGACUGUUGAUGUAAUUGGGGAUAAAUAAGAAUCCUUCAGAAAUAUUGGUCUAAAUAUAGGAGAAUGAAAAUCUGCUUCACUUCCUUAAUUUUAAUGAGGAUUGUAAGGGGUUAAGAAACUAAAUAUUCUGAGCAAGAGUUAUGGCUUAGCAUAAUCUUUGGUGAUGUAAAACAUUGGCAAUACACAAUAACAGAAUCGUCCCCAAACCCUCCGAAAGAGAAUGAAAAGACACACACACACACACACACGCUUAUAUUUAGAUUUUCUAUUCCAACUAUAUAAAACUUUCAGUUCAUUGAAAAGUUUUUCAGCCUUAGACAUCACUGACAAUCAAUAUGUUUUGCAUUUAACUGCAGGAAUUUUUGACUAUGUGCAGUGCCAACUGGAAGCAAUGUUACUGUAUGUCUAAAAGUUUUCUACACAAGUUAAGUCCUGUUCAAGUAGCAAAAUGUUAUACUGGCUACAGUUUUUAUUUUUCUAAUAAUUUGCAGCAAAGAAUACAUGUAAAAUGUUGUAAUAACAUAUAUAGAGGCAAAAAGAUGUAAUAGCUAAUUAGGGCCUUAAUAGCACACCAAAUACAUGGAUCUUUAUUAUGUGGGUAGAGCUUUAUUUUUGAGGCCAAGAAGUCAGACUUAUCUCACUUCAUUUUGUUUUUGUGGGAGUUGUAACUUGACUUAUGUUGAGCCUUUACCUAGAGACUCUGGUGGAUGCAUUUUUCAUAAAUUAUAAAAUGAGUAAAGAUGGAAACUUAUGGUUAAAAAGUUUCUAUUUAUUUUCUUUAUCUAGAAUAAUUGAGCCCCUCAGUAUUGUGUUCCUGUACUGAUCAACUAGGAAGAGAUUCCCCAUGAGGCUAAGCCACAUGCAAGAUGGUGACAAUAUAAGGCUGUGAUCUGAAAAUGAAUGAGAGGGGUCAUGAAACAAGAAAAGAAAUUUAAUAUGCAUUUCAGAAUGAGGAAACAAGCUCUUCAACCAUAAUAAUUAGCUCAGAAAGAAUUUCUGAAAAACCUAGUUCAGCAUGGCUGCAACUGGCUGAUGCGCUUCUUCACCAAGAAGCAUGCCCUGGGCCGAAUGCCCAAAGUAUGACAACAGGUAAAGGUCACUGAUGUCCUGAAACAGGGGAACAUAGCCAACGAUCCAAAAAACUACUGGCCAAUAUCAUUACUAUAUGUAAUAUACAAGCUCUUGGAAAGGAUGCUACUCCAGAGACUUAUACCCAUCUUCAAGGACAAUAUCCCUAAAAAACAAUCUGAGUUUAAACCUGGAUGAAGCACCUGUGGUCAGAUAUGAUCCAAGGAGCCCAGCCUCCCUCUUUGUUAUUGCCCGCUGAAUGGCUGCGCAGAAUUAGAAAGUGGCCACAAAAAAAUAAAGAGGACUUUCUGCGUGAUGUCAUGAAGCACUCCACAGCCAAAAAACAAGACUUGAAGGAGCGGCAGAACAGUGAGAAGAGGGACCAAAAGGAGAAUUCACCGUGCCAAAACAAAGCCACGGAGUAGCUCUUAAACAUUAUGGAGCGCCAAGCAGACACGCUCUCAGGCACUACUAGCACUGCAAACUGAGCAGCUCUGUGCCUACCCUCCCCUGCCGCCGCUGUCACAAAACUCUUUCCCAUGUGUCCCCCAGACACUGCCAAGACACUCUUAUCAAUUUCCUGGCUCCAGUCUAUACCCGCUCCUGCCCUGUCACAGUCCAGCCCUGCAGAUUCCCAGUACCACCUGCACUCAACACCCAUCCCUCUGCAGUUUAGCCCUGCUGAAGUACAGUACCCCCUGCACUGUACUCCAAAGGACAACGUUGCAUAUGUUACCUGGACAUACAAGAAUCUUUAACCGUCCCGGGACCCCACCUCCUCCUGGUACCCUCCUUUCCCCCAUCCCCCACAGUGCUGAUGUGUUUUUUUGUUUG